AUGGAGUCGUGGCGGAGGCGAACGCUUCUCAAGGUCAUCGUCCUCGGCGACAGCGGGGUCGGCAAGACGUCGCUGAUGAACCAAUACGUGAGCAAGAAGUUCAGCCAGCAGUACAAGGCGACGAUCGGUGCCGAUUUCCUCACCAAGGAGGUCCUCAUUGGCGACAGGCUUGUCACCUUGCAGAUAUGGGACACGGCGGGGCAGGAGAGGUUCCAGAGUCUUGGCGUAGCGUUCUACAGGGGUGCCGAUUGCUGUGUGCUAGUCUAUGAUGUCAAUGCUAAGAGAAGCUUUAAUACACUCAAUACCUGGCAUAAUGAGUUCCUCAAUCAAGCUAGCCCAUCAGAUCUUCAACAUUUUCCAUUCAUCUUGGUCGGAAACAAGAUUGAUUUAGAUGGCGGAAGCAAAAGAAUGGUUCCUGAGAAGAAAGCGAGGGAAUGGUGUGCCUCCAAAGGCGAUAUUCCAUAUUUCGAAACCUCUGCAAAGGAGGACCACAAUGUCGACACUGCUUUCCUAUGCAUUGCCAAGCUCGCUUUGGAGCAUGAGCAUGAUCAAGACAUUUACUUCAAGACAGUUGCAGAACAAGUCCCGGAUACUGAACAGACAAGCGGAUGUGCUUGCUAG